AUGUCAACGUUUGAGAGCCUGAAGGAGUUCGCCGAGCAGCGGCUAGCUGCGGCGGUCGAUGAAAUAUUUGAAUAUUUUGAGAAAACAGUAACUGAAUAUGACGAAGAAUUGGACUGUUAUUGCAGGUUGUUGGAUAUUAUUUUACAACCUCAAAUAAUUCUUCGAAGAGCAGAUGUCCGUUUGCUGACUGACAGUGCUGAGGUUCCCCCUGAGCAGCAGGAGAUGAGCUCCAGUCUGGACCAGGAAUCCCCAAGAAUUAAAGAGGAACAUGAGGAGGUCUGGAGGAGUCAGGAGGAAGAGCAUUUACAAGGACUGGAGAAAGCUGAUGUCACUCUCAUCUGUGUGAAAAGUGAAGAUGAUGAAGAGAAACCUGAGUUUUCGCAGCUCCAUCAAAGCCAAAUUGUGGAGCACAGAGAGGUGGAGGCUCCAGCCAGCUUCCCAACUAAACACAUGAAAGCCGAAGUGAAUGAAGAGGACAGCGGAAUAUCAGAACCAGCCUGUGAUGUACAAGCAGUUAGUACUGACAGCAGUUUAGACAUUUAUGAAGCAGAGACUGAAGAUAGGAAUGAUUUGAACAGAUUGAAUGCUGGUAAACUGCAUAAGCCUUUCAGCUGUUUAUUUUGUGAGAAACGUUUUGUCAGUAAACUGGAUUUGGUGAUACAUGCAAGAGGUCACACAAGGGGAAAACCAUUUAGGUGUUCAAAUUGUGCUAAAUGUUUUAGCUACCGCACAGCUCUUAAACGACAUAUGAUGCUCCACACGGGAGAAAAACCUUUCACUGGCAGAGUGUGUGACCGAAGACUCAUCCGGAAGUCACAAAUCAAAACACAAAAGUCUGUUAUUCAGAGUUCCUGCAAGAGAUAA